CGAAGAGAAGCUGAAUCUUUUCAUCCUGCUUAUUCUCUCACCUUAUAUCUUUCCAGCUCUCAUCUCCCCUUCACUGUCUGCAUUUCUUCCUCCAUCUGCAUCUCUUCCACCCUCUGCAUCUCUUCCACCCUCUGCAUCUCUUCCACCCUCUGUAUCUCUUCCAUCAUCCGCAUCUCCACACACAUCAUCUCUUUCUCCCUUCCACUAUCGGGUCCCCUCCAUCUUCUUUCUCCUACUAAUACCCUACUACUUCCACUCGACAUCAAAUAUUAUCGGUUGGAGAUUAUUGACUACACAUCCAUCGGCUCAACUGCUUGCUUCAUCACACCUACUAGUUCUUGACGUGCUAUUGACAGAUUUCGUCAUCUGUGCUUCGUGCAAGGUAUCUAGGAUCAGGCUACCAUGUCGCUGCAGCCAGAAGAUGUGGCCUUGGUCAAUAACUUGGCUAAGAUACAUUACAUGGUCGAGCAGCCAUUUCGAAACGGCAAUUUUCGUGCAGGACAUAAAGCUGCAUCCCCAGGUCCUGACUUGGACAUUAAAUGGAAAGACGAACCACCUCAUAUUCAAGCCCUGUAUACAGCUCGAGCUUCUGAGCUAGCCUCAUCAGAUCAGUACAAGGGGGCACAGGUGAACGACCACGAGUUCGCCAAUACACUUUACGCCAAGCUUUAUGCAGGGCUAGAUUCCAACCAAGUGGCAGCAGCUUUCCCAAUCCAGCUUUUCGCUUUUAUAUCAGCAGUGAAAAUGUUGCUGAGCCCUGACGAUGUUUCUGGGUCGCGUUCAGCCCAAGGUGAGAAAGCCGGUGCGACGGAAAACUUACUCUCGCAGAAGGAGCACAAUGCCACCAACGCAGAUCAAGAAAUUCAAGCGCUCGAGGCAGCCGUGAAGAAAGGUGUCAAGGUGCUCACAAGCUUGAGCCAACUCUUUGGCGAGCCUGAUAAUUGGAAAAGUGAGCCCGACUGGCCCAACAAAAUCAAGCGCACUCAAGAUAAAGCUCGCAAGGAAACAGUUGUCAUUGGUGUUGCCGGAAGCACUGGCGCGGGGAAAUCGUCCUUGGUCAAUGCCCUCAUCGACGAUAAAGAUAUCCUAACCACAGAUUGCAUGCGAGCAUCCACCGCGGUCCCAGUCGAGGUCCACUACAACAAAGGGCAAUCGCGAUAUAGAGCAGAAGUUGUGUUCAUUGAGCGCAAAGGCUGGGAGCGCGAGCUAAACACUCUAUUUGCUGAGCUCCGUGGCUAUUUAGAAGACCUUGCCCGUGGCGAAGAGCCAAAGGACGCCGAGGCAACAAUCGCCUUACAGAAGAUCAUGGCUGUAUACCCGGCCCUCGAGCGGCAAGCACUUUUCGAGACUUCGCCUAGCGAGCUUGUGAAGGAUGAAAGAGUCUCGGACCUUCUGGCCCAGACUGUGAGGUUCGAAGACAAUGACUCCAAGAGAUUCGCUGAUAAUCUGAAGUUAUUCAUCGACAGCAAAGUUCGAGUCGUGCGGGUUUAUGUCAAAGCCAAGGCCUUGUCGACCGGGGCUGUUCUGGUUGACCUCCCCGGUGUCUCCGAUUCGAAUGCAGCACGCGUGGCUGUGGCUGAUGAUUACAUGAAGCGGUGCUCUGCACACUGGAUCGUGGCGCCCAUCAAUCGUGCAGUUAACGACAAAAUUGCUCAUGAUCUGUUGGGCAAGAACUUCAAAAUACAGAUGCAUAUGAACAAUGCAUUCAACGACAUCACGUUUGUCUGCACAAAGACCGACGAUCUUGUUCCAGCAGAAGUGCUGCAAUCUCUAGGGCUCGAGCUCCCACCUAUUGAUGGCUUGGAAGAGUUCUCAGACAGGCUUGACGCUCCGAAGAUCAAGACUCGAGAAUUCCGGGACCGAAGAGAACAAAUUCGCACAGAGCUCGAGCCAAUUGAAGACGAAAUCGAUGACUUAGAAGAGCGACUGAGGGGUGAAGACAUCAACCUUGAUGCGGCUCUGCUUACUCCCCAGAAAAGGAAGAAGACCAGAAUUCAUGACGACUCAGCCCAAGAUGCGCUUCUUCGACUAAGCGAUGAUGCAGGCAUGGAGUACUCAGAUUCAGACGACGCUGAAGAUGAUGUUCAUGAACUUUUACGUCACCUGCAAAGUCUUAGGGCCCAGCGAAAGAAACUCCAAAGUCAACGGCGUGAUACCGACCGGAAGAUUGCAAAGUAUCAAAAGCACGAACUUGAUGAUCUUCGAUUCUGCAUCGCGGCUCGUAAUAAAUUUGCGAAAGAGCAGAUCAAACAUGACUUCAGUCAAACCAUCGCAGGCUUGGACCAAGAAGACGAGCAGCAUGAUGACAUCUAUCUCCCAACCAUGGCUCGGGACUACAGCGAGUUUGAACGAAAUCUCUCCGUGUACUGUGUGUCUACUAAAGCGUAUCAAGAACUGCGUGGUCAUUCAAGACGGGGCAACAGGCUCCCUGGGUUCUCGGAUCUAGAGCAAACGGAGGUUCCUGCUUUGCAACAGUACUCCAUUGCGCUGACUCGCAAAUCCCGCGAGAAGACUGCCCGGCGUUUUUUGGUGGCGUUGAAUUCGCUCCUUCAAUCAUUGACCUUGUGGUCUGCACCGAUCACGACAGCCGCGCGCACUUCUGCCCAGAAGAGACAGCAGAUGGAGGCCGAAUUCCGGAGCGCGGUAGACGACCUGACCGAGGCCAUGAAAAGACCUCGGGCUGUCUUCGUUGCCAGCAGCCGAGCUACCAUCCAAAGCCAGAUCAUCGCAAAUCUAGACCAAGCAUGGCGCCACGGUUGUGACGAGUUUUCUCAAACGGUUGGUUGCUGGAAUGCCCCUCAUCAACAAGAAGGAUUCCGUUGGAAUAGGUAUCAAGCAUUCUGUCGCCGGCAGGGUGUUCAUGACAACCGGAAUUUGAAUGAGGAAAUAGCACAGCCGAUGAUCGCGAAGAUCAAGCCUGGAUGGCGCAGUGCAUCUGAUCAAUUGCCUGAUGCAUAUAAGCAGCUGCGUGAAGAAUUCGAGAAAGUCGUCAGCCGCUUCCAUUCCGAAUCCAUGCGCUGGAUCACAUGGGACUCGCCUCGGACUACACGCGCGCGACUCCAGCGCCGACUGGUUGCUUUGCACGAAUCAAUAAAACAGGGAUUGGAGGAUCUUCAAGCAUGGACGGACCGUGAGAAACGCGACAAAAGAGGUUGUUUCAGGGCGAGUAUUGCUACGGGACUUCAAGCAACCUACCAAGCUUGCGCUCAGUAUACUGGCCGCGGCGUUUUGAAGGCGAUCCGUACAACGAUGUCCGAGCAUGCUGAGAAGCAAGGCCCUUCGCUAUUCUGUAAUGCUGCGGAUCAAGUUAGCCAGGUGCUGGAAGAAUGGCUGUGCGAAUUGGAUACAAAGCUCGAGAAGUUGGUCAAAGAACUAUUGCAGGAGGUUGCGCAAGACUAUCAUCGUGCCCUGAUCGCCCCGCAUCUUCAGCAUCGCGCGGAUGAGCACACGGGCUUGAAAGCCCAGAUCCGAGAUCUUCUCCGUGACGCUGAGGCCGACUUGCAGUUGGACCGUUUGCUGGGCGAGGAUGGUCCGUUGCAGCAUGAGCAGGCGCCUCCAAUGGACCAGCAAGAACCGGCGGCUACAGGAACUACGGCGGACUCAGCUGCUACGUAACAAACUCCGAAAGAGUGACUACCGGUAUUUAAGCUGACGGAUGAUGAGCAAGAGGCCUUGGAGCGAUCAUCGAAUGUUGAUUGGGGCGCACAGGCCUGGGUUGGGCCGGAGCGCGGCGUGUCCAUGGGGAGAGGGGAAGGUUAAAGUUAAGCCUUUUGGGUUUAUUUUUUUUCUUUGGCUCUGGGAGAAAAAUGAAGGGAGAGAAGAGAGGGAAAGCAAAGAAGGGGACUAUGGGGUACUUUUGUCCGUUAGUUCGUCCUGCUCAUCAUCUAUCGGCCAGACUGUCCAGUUCAGUGAUAGUGACCAGCAGCACCCCAGAUAGAUAGAAAGGGUAGAACCAAAUGGAAGCGCUUUGAUUGCUUGCUUGCUUGCUUGUU